GACUAUUAGCUGCGGAACUAGUGAACUAAUUCGUCAACAGAUUUAGUGGGAGUAAGUCUAAAUAAUAAAUUUUGACAGCUUUGGAUUGAAGUGAUAAAUAUCUAUCAACAUGUCGUGGGAAGGAUUCAAGAAGCAGUUUAACAAAGCAAACCAGUAUAUGAGUGAAAAGAUUGGUGGUGCUAAAGGAACAGAGCUAGAUGAUGAAUUUGUAGAAAUGGAAAGGAAAAUUGACGUGAUGUCAAAGUUGGUGGAUGACUUAAUUUCAAAAACACAGGAAUAUCUCCAACCAAAUCCAGCUUCCAGAACAAAAAUGAUGGUUGUAAAUAACUUCUCCAAGGUUAGAGGAAACACAAAGAAUAUUUCCUACCCACAACCAGAGGGGACAUUGGGGGAACACAUGAUCCGGCACGGCAAAGACCUGGGUGAAGAUAUGGUGUUCGGUGACUGCCUCAUGUCUGAGCUAUAUAAAGUAUACACUUCAAAGGAGAUAAAAUAUCACAAGUACGCCCUGGAGGACGAGGUCAAACAGAACUUCCUAGGACCGCUAGCAGAUCUCCAGGCCAAGGACCUCAAGGAGGUCAAUCACCACAGGAAGAAGCUGUCUGGUAGAAGGCUUGAUUUUGAUUGUAAGAAAAGAAAGAAAGAAAAAGAAGCUGGUGGAAAAACAGCAGGGUCCAAUGUGUCGGAUGAAGAAAUCCGAGUGGCGGAGGAAAAGUUUGAGGAAUCCAAGGAGCUUGCAGAAAAAGCUAUGCAAAACUUACUGGAAAAUGAAGUGGAGCAGAUUGCACAGCUUCAGUCGUUCAUUGAGGCUCAAAAGGAGUACCACAAAAACGCGGCAACACUCCUUGAUGAUUUGCUGGAUACCAUAGAGCAAAAACGCAGUGAAGCUUUAUCUAGACCAAAGAAAGAGUACGUACCAAAGUCAUCGAGCCGAAUAUCAACUGCUUCAAACCACAUGUAUGAUACUGCUGACAGCUACAAUUUUAACAACACCCCCGCUCCUAGUGCACUUAAUGUAGUACAUGAUGAACCUGAGACCGAGUGUCCACCCAGAAUGAUGUCAUAUACAUCAGUACAACCCAAGAAAGAGCCAUGUGCAAAAGCUCUGUACGACUUUGAGCCAGAGAACGAGGGAGAACUCGGAUUCUCAGAGGGAGACAUGAUCAAGCUCAUCUCACAGAUCGACGAGAAUUGGUACGAGGGCUCGCUGCACGGACGAACCGGCUUCUUUCCCGUGAAUUACGUGGAGGUUGUUGAAGAUCUUCCUCACUGAACUUCUACAAAGAGACUCCACUGACAGACAUGUGGGGCGGGGUUAUAGAAAAUACCUGUCGUGUAGACAGAGGGUUUCAUUAGUUGAUUCUCAGUAGUUUCGAUUCUGUUUAGCUUGCUGCCAUUUUCUCUGUGACAAAAAUGCCUUUUUUUAAACAUUCUGUAUAAGACACAGUAGGGUGUAAGAUGAAUGUUUUGAAAGUUUGAAAAAAGAAACCAAGCAAAACUGUUGAUUCGUCUUUUUAAUACUGUGUACUCAGGGCAUUUUUUAAAAAGAAUGGUUUAUGUAGAAUCUGUCUUGAUGUGCUUUCCCUGUCCUGCAUGAGAUUAUUCUCUACUUUUGUUCAGUCUCUCCAACUUUUCCUUGUUUAUUAUUUUGGUGCUUGUUAGAGAUUAAUAGAUAUAGAAAUGAAUUCAUUUUCAAUAUUCUGUCAGGUUUAAUUCUCAUUUUCACCUUUUUGUCUUGCCAAUUUUAACUGUUGUGAGGGCUUUGCCAUCUUGUAUAUCUUAGAAACCGGCACCAUAUGCACUUUAUUGGUAUAAAACUCUUGAGUUUGCACCAUAGCAAGUAGGUACACUGUACAUUAUAAAUAAAUCAAGUAGUCCAUAUUGUAAAUCACUCAAAUUUCACCUAACUUGAUUUUCCUUAGAAAUUAUAGUAUUGCUAGACAUCCAAUUUAUAACAGAAAAUACAGAGUUAACAUUACCAUUGACAAGGAUAUUAUGUUAACAUUCAGAUAUUCUAGUGAAAUUAUGCAUAAAUAAUGUUGUCAAGAAGAAAAUGUUAUUAUAUUCAUUGUAAGAAUGUGUCGAAAUAUUUAUCAAGGCUUAAUUUUGUUUUGCAUGGACAUGACAUUACAUGGUUAUUUCUUGUUUAGCUUUGACUUUGAUACAUGGUAUCAAUCAACAGACAUUAUGUAUAGUUAUUUAUGUGGGCAGCUCUUAUAGAAGGCUCAAUUCUAGUUAAUGAUUAAUAUAUUGUGGUAUUUUACUUUCACCAUGAACCAAAGAGAAGUAAAAUUUCCUUGCUUCUGAAUUGGAAGAAAAACCUUUGAAAUACCUAGCCAUGAAACCAAAAAACCAUUUAUUUAUUGUAGGAUAUCACACAACAGAAGGCCAACAAAGUGUCACCCUUUGAAUUCAUCCUUACUAGUAGUAAUAAAAUAUCUUAAUUGUCCACAAAACCUAGAUCAAAACCAUUCCCUAUUUUAUGAAAUUCAUGUGGAUACCAUCUUUAUUUUACGAUAUCUUUAUACACCCUGCUAUACUUACACACAACUACAGUAUGUACGUAAAGUUGACUUUAUUGUCUUGAAUGUCAAUAUCUCGAAUCCUAAGAAUAUGUCCCAACCACUAUCAUGCUUUUUUUUUACCAUGGUUAUCUCGAAUCGUUGGGGUAUCUUGUGAAGUUUAUUCCCUUCAAGUUCAAGAUAAUAGGGUUUAACUGUAUAUUCUGUACACAUUGAUCUGCUUACUAGGAUAAAAUCUUUCCCUCUUUUCUAUAGUUCUGCUGGUCAGAAUUCAGUUAUUUUAUUUUCUCUAUUGUUUGAACUUGUAUAGAAAGAAAUUUAUCAGUAUCAUAUGUCAAAAAAAAAAAAUGAUGAAUUUUUGUUUGCUUAUUAUACAUUUUCUGGUUAAAAUUAUUUUAGGAAAGGAAAAUUAUUGGAUUAUUUUUUUUAUGUCUUGUUUAAUUAUUGUCAGCUUUCAGUUCUUUAAAGUGCUUGCUGCUUGUUCCAAAAUUAUUUGUCAUUUCUUCAGAAUAAGGUUGAAAAUAAAUUGAGAGUUUUGGUAGCUGUGAUAUGCAUGUAUUUUAAUUGUUUAUAAUGAUUUCCUUAAAUGAGUUCACUAUACAUCAGAUUUUUACACAUUUUACCCAAAAAUUUGAUUAGACAUAUUGCACCUCCCCCCUUUUUUCAACUAUCCAAUGCUUUUGAGUUUCCGUACAAGGGAAACAUUCAGUCAUUGUGUUUGUUACAUUAAAUUUUCAAACAAAGCUACGAAAAGGGAAUUGAAAUUAAAUAAUAUUUGCUUUAUAUCUUAUGUACAUGGAUCAUUAUAUGAAAAUGGAAAAGCUGAAAAUUUUAAUGGAUAUCUUUGAAGGACGAAAUUACAAAAUGCUAAUUGGAAAUGUGUUAUAAAAUUAUGUAUAUAUAAAUAUAUAAUAAUUACCUGUUAUAUUGGGUAAAUAUGAGAUCUAAUAUAUGCAGUAUCUUUUUAAAUGUAAAUAAGAAAACAUUAUUUAGCAAAUUUGGAUUCAUGUUUAUGUGUAUCGUUUUUAAUUUGCCUAUUAUUUUACACAGUGUUAUGAAGUUAAUUAGAGUUUUUCUGUUGUGACACAGAUGUUUUGAUUGGAAUCGGUGUGAAUGAAUUGGUAUGUGAAUAAUGUUGAUAAAUAAAAGUAUCGUUAUAGAUAUACAUGUAUAAUAA